GAAAAAAAAAUCUUUUCAACUCAAGAGCUCAUAAGCCUCUCACUCUCUCUCACAUUUGAUCGUGUUCUCCUUCGUUACGGGUUGACGAAAAACUCCAAGCAACAUGGGGUGCUUCUUCUCUAAAAAAUCCAAAAGGAAGUCCUCGGAAAAAGAUGAACGUACACCGACAACAACGACCGUUGAAACUACGACGACAAACAGCUCGGUUCCCCUUGGCAACAACAGCGAGGAGCCUCCGAAGCAGUACAGCUGGGACAAGAGAGAAAAGGUUGACCCCAAAGACUACAUGCUGUCGGGGCUCAAAGACGUGACGGUGGGCCGGCAUCCGGGCAAACUGAACGGCCAGCAGUUUGUGAUCCAGGACUGCGAGAACUGCAACAUCUUCGUGUUCGACCACGCGGCCACCAUCACCAUCGACGACUGCGUGAACUGCCGCAUCGUGCUGGGCCCCAUCAAGGGCAGCGUCUUCUUCAGGGACUGCAAGGACAUCAAGGUGGUGGCCUCCUGCCAGCAGUUUCGCACGCGGGACUAAAAGAUGGAGGUGUUCCUGUGCUGCGCCACACAGCCCAUCAUCGAGUCGUCCACGGGGAUGAAGUUCGGCUGCUUCCAGUACUUCUACCCCGAUCUCGCCUUCCACUUCAAGGACGCCGGCCUCAGCAUCUUCAACAACAACUGGAGCAACAUCCACGACUUCACGCCCGUCGGGGAGAUCAACUGGAGCCUGCUGCCGGAGUCGUCCAAGGUUCUGGAUUUUGUGCCCGUCCCUGACCCAGAGUCUGAAUUCAAGUCGGUUCGGAUCUCGGGCGACCCUGAACGCAGCAUCGUGCCUCUGACAAAAGGAAGCCGGCGUAAGGACAGCGAUGAGUCCUGCCUCUUCGUGUUCUUCGCUGGGGAAUACACCACCGCUAACGCCCGCAAGCUCAUCGAUGAGGUGAGGAGACGGCCAAUCAGUGGCGGCUAAGGCUUCGUGCUGGUCCAGACCAAGGAGGUGUCGAUGAGACCUGAAGACGUGAAGAGGGUUUUCCAGAACAGCGCAGACGAGCUGGUGGACUGGAUCACCAAAGGUCCGGUUAUCGCCCUGGAGCUGAGCGGAGGCGGCGUGGUGGACGCCUGCAGGAGCAUCGCCGACCAGGUGUUCCCCGGCACCAAGGUUUUCGUCUCUGAAAAUAAAAACUCUUCCUCCAGAGACGUCGACAACUUCUUCAACUUCGCCGACAUGCAGAUGGGUUUGUGAGAAAGCGAAACGCUCGGCUCGAGUUGGAUUGGCGGAAAACGAGAUAGCAAAUCACAGAUAUUGCGUAUAUAGAAAGGCUGCAGUUCGCCCGACCGUGAGUCUGCAGCCGUGAAGCUCGGAGCUGAGCGAGCUGUGAAUAUUUAUAUUUCUAUGAAUGUCGCUUUUAUCGAUUGUGAAUGUAGAGCUUUGCUGUAAAUGUUUAAUUAAUGUCGCUGCAGAAAAACCAUGAGCACACGAACGCCUGAGGGAAAAUAUUUUAUAUAAAUAAACCAUAUUUUAUUCGUUCAAGGAUUUAUUUGUGUAUUAGAUAAUGGACUUGUUAUGAAUGUAUAUUUGAGACCUGCUGUGUAGAUGUUUAUCACAUAUUUACUGGUUUCUGUUAGGCCAAAGUUUAAUCGUGAACGUUUGCAUUUUGGUUGAUGUAGGCAUGUGAUUUUUAUUUUGUGAUAUUUGUUUUAUACUCUGCUAAAUGUUUUUGUAUGGAAACACAUGUAUUGUCUUUAUCAUUGUUUUUAGUAAAACGUUUCGUUACGUCUGACUUUAUUUUGUUACGAGGCUUUUUAAACACUGUUAGAAGAAGCACUGCAGUGAUGCUGGACACACAUUAAGAACAAUUGGGUAAAUAGUUUGUCUUCCUGGGUUCAUUUAGCUACUGAUAUUUGCAAAACUGAUUAAUUGUAAAGGAUUAUAUCACCCUCAAAAGGCCCCUGUGAUAUUCUCAUGACUCCACGGUGAACGAAGGACCAAAAAAACGAUUCCUUUGUUUACUUCAGGGACAUAGUGACAUCAAACACUCAUGCUCGUAUUGGCUAGCGCUCCAACACAUUGUACGUGAUAAACUAAGGGGCGGGACAUAUCUAAGCGGUUGACCAAUCACAACAGAACCGGCCAGCUAACCAAUCAGAGCAGACUGGGCUCUGGUUUCAGACAGAGGGUGAAAUACAGGCAGUAUGAGAAAAAUAAAGAGCUUUUUGAACAUUAAAGCAUGGCGACACGUCCAAAAUAUGAAUCGAGAGAUGUAGCACCCCUUUAAGGUAUUUGAUAUAAAAGGAUUCUUUUGUGCGAUUUGAUGUUUUUGAACAAGCUGUACAUUUAAAUUCUGUUUGUGUUAAGCUGGAAACAAAGUUCAUUAAGUAGGUUAAUUAUUUUCCUUCAUGUUGUUAAAGAAGCACAGAUUUUGGUUUUAAAACAUUCAAUCUCAAUGAAUCGUGAUGUUUCAAAGAAGAAACGUCUUCCUCUGUUUGAUUACAGUAAGCAGCUUUCACUUCCACUUACUUAAAAAACACUAUGAUAAUGAUUUUCCAAUCGAUGGCCAACAUCCCUCCGUCUGUAUUAUUCAUUUAUUCAUUAAUAACCUGCAACACAAGGCAGUUUCAGUUAAAGCAGUUUUGGACAGUUGCCUUUAAGAAGUAUAUAAUAGGAAUAUUCUGUGAUUUUGUAUUUGUAAACCUUUUGUACUCGAGCAUUGUUUUUUUAGAGCUAUUAACUUAUGAAUGCACAAUUUGUCUGCAAUUUGACACCCUGUCUUUACAUUAAAAGCGUAGGAUAUCUAAAAAAACACAAUGGACACUGACUGCUUAUUUAAUAUCACUGUUUUUUAAUAAAUGUCGAGGACAGAUGUGAA